CGAGGAGAAGGCUCCACAGAGCGGGUCCAGGAGCAGUCAUCUACCAGACUGCAGCCAGAGUCAGCCUCUCAUUUUUCUUUCUGCACUAAUCAUUUCUGCGACUGCUUGCACUGACAUGGAGGAUAAAGUCACAGACUUCUCAGGAAAAUGGAAAAUGAAGUCUUCGGAACAUUUUGAGGAUCUUUUGAGAGCACUGGGUGUGAAUGUCUUCCUGAGGAAGAUUGCAGUGGCAGCGGCCUCCAGCCCAGCGGUGGAAAUCUCCCAGCAGGGAGAGAGCCUGACCAUUCAGACGUCCACGAGUGUACGCACCACCAACGUGUCCUUCACUGUGGGUCAGUCCUUUAACGAGACCACAGUGGAUGGACGUCCUUGCACGAGUGUUCCAAAGUGGGAAACAGACAGGAAGAUCAGCUGUGAACAGACUUUACAGAAAGGCGAUGGGCCCAAGACGUCGUGGACCAGAGAGCUGACCAAUGACGGAGAACUCAUACUGACAAUGAGCGCCGGAGACGUUGUCUGCACCAGAGUUUACGAGAGGGAAUGAGGACGUUCUCAAAAAGUGUCAUACAAUGCUUCUGUUUGUGUCUCGUGCAUGGUUUGCGUUUACUCGCCAUAGUUGUCCUCUUGUCGUCCUCCCCUAAAGCAGUUGUUGGUCAUACUGUGUUGAAAUGACUUCAGUUUACAUGAAUGUAUGUUGGUAAAAUCGUCUUUUUUAACAGCAAAGCUGAA